UGCUCUGUGUCCCUCACACACAGCAGAUCACCGAUCCACGGAAAGAGCCGAAGGUGUCGGCUCGGUCAUGUGAUCAGCUGUGUCCAUUCACAGCUAAUCACAUAUCAGUGUGCCCUGAUGAUCAGUGUGGCCCCAGAAGUGCCACCUGUCAGUGCUGAACAGUGCCACAUGCCAGUGCCCAUCAGUGCCACAUCAAUGCCACAUAUCAGUGCCUACCAGUGCACAUCAAUGCCACAUAUCAGUGCCCAUCUGAGCUGCCCUUCAGUGUCACCCAUCAGUGCCAGUUAGUGCCACCUAUCAGUGCUGCCAAUCAGUGCCGCCUAUCAGUGCCAGUCAGUGCCACCUAUCAGUGCCGCCUAACAGUGCCAGUCAGUGCCACCUAACAGUGCCAGUCAGUGCCGCCUAUCAGUGCCAUAUAUCAGUACUGCCUUUCAGUGCCCAUCAGUGAUGCCUGUCAAUGCCCAUCAGUG